UUUGGAAACGUGAAAGCACCAUUCUUUGGUGAAAAGAAUAGUGUGGUCUUUUGUUUUCUGAGAGAAAAAAGAGAGAGCUACGCAGAGCUCAAAAUUGGCAGAGAGUUGAGAGCACAGAGGGUGCACCAGAAAAACAGAGAAGGAGCGGAUGAGUAAGAGGAUGAAUGGGGGUGAGGGUGAGGGUGGUGAACGGAUCAGCCUUUUCGACAGGUCUCAAAACGAAAUCAUGAAGCUCAUUUUUGCAGUGAAUUACCGUGUUCCUGAUGAGGGCCAUGCCAGCUUUGAUGUUCAUGCUAUUUUCUCGACUAGUCAGAAAAUCAUUAAGGAUUCGGCCAACAUCAUUCACAAUAUUAAUGAGCAGGGCAGCGGAUUUAAUGAUGUUGAAACACCCAAAGCCAGCUCCAGCUUGUGCACUCUUAUUAACUCCUUUGGCUGCAAGAUGUCGUGUAAGAGUUCAGGUGAUGAAACUUCCUUUGAAUCACGUACGGAAGAAAUACUUACAAAACUAUCGAGUUAUCCAUGUGAAGUACAGGUAGUAUUGGCCCUGGCAGUUUUUGCUUUGGAAUAUGAAGAAUGUUCCAGUCAACUUUCCAAGAAAUCGACAACGCUGAAACGCCAAGAUGCAGUAGUCGAGCUUAACAAUCUGGUCAACCAAGCGUUACAAGUGAUUGAGCACAUCCUUGAGUUGGAGAAACUAGUUUCUUAUGAUCGAGACAGUGAACCAAAAUUGGCGAGGGUAAUUAUGGAUACCCCAUUUAAUGCCUACUGGUCAAUCAUAACUCUCUUGUAGCUUGCGCAACUGAGCUCUUUUUUCUUACCGGUGAUGAGUAAGUUCUUGUACUAAUUUUUCUAUUAAGAUUUGAUAAAAGAAAACAAAAACAAUUCUUCUUGCCAACUACGUAUACGGGUUAUAUAUAUAUAUAUAUUAUAACUAGAAGGGUUCUUUUGUUAAAAUCUAUAUUUGACAGUGUUUUUGUGAUGUAAUUUCUAAGAACAAGGAAUGAA